GUGAACCACCCAUUGGGCCGGAGAAGUACAGAGAACCAGAGGAAGACACAGAGAGAGAGGAGAGGGAGAGAGAGAGAGAGAGCUAGACAGACAGACAGACAGACAGACAGACAGACAGACAGACAGAGAAAAAGGUGUGUCACUGUAGUGUGAGAGGCAGAGGACAAAACGGCUCAAACUCAUCGUUACCUGUGAAGCAGAAGGACGUGAACCACACUAGAUUUACUGUGUGUGUGUGUGUGUGUGUUUUCUGUGUCCCUGUGUGUAUGAGUGUGUGUGUGUGUAUCUAUGGGAUGGUGAACAAUGUCUCGUGCACAGUCUCACUCAUCAGCCACUAGAGGGAAAUGCAGAGCAUCACAGCUGCUGUUUCUUCUUCUCUGGAUGGGGAAAACUUUUGGAGCCAUUCACAUUCCUAUCGAAUUGAAAGAGCCACCCUUGAUCACACUACAGACACAGUCGUUUACAGCCUGCUACAUAGACGACAUCAGUCUGAUGUGUGAAGCUAGCGGCAAUCCCACACCCACUUUUCGAUGGGUGAAGGACGGACAACUGUUCAACGACGAAAUGGACGGCACGGGAAUUCUUAAAGGUAACGAAAGUAAAGAGCUGAAAUUUUACCAUGGGAAAUACCGCUGCUACGCAUCAAACGAGCUCGGGACGGCAGAAUCGGGCCUGAUAAACCUCGUCACUGAGACCAUUCCAGUAGUGUCAGUGAAAGAGAAGAAAGUGGAGAAGACCGCCAACAAGGGUGAAAGUGUGGUCCUACAAUGUAAUAUCCCAAACAGCACAGUGAGCUCUUACGUCCACUGGAUGGACAAGAAAUUGAUGCAUGUUAAGCAAAGUGAACGAGUCAUCAUCGGCCUGAACGGUAACCUUUACUUUGCCAACGUGGAGAUCAGCGACACCAGAAAGGAUUACACCUGCUUCAUCCAGUACAUCGAAGCCAGAACUAUUUUAUCCUCAGAGACAGUCUCUCUCUAUGUUAAAUCCUCCAAUGAGCUGGUGAACAGACCGCCUGGUCUCCACCAGCCUCAGGGCACACACAGCAGUUAUUUUGCUCUCCGAGGACAGAAUCUCAUCCUGGAGUGUAUUCCUUACGGCCUGCCAACUCCAACAGUCAAAUGGCAAAGGAAAGACGCUUCGCUUUCCUCCAGUCAAGCAACUGAGCAGCAUUUCGGUCGCUGGCUGGAGUUCUCGUCCAUCUCGGAGAGCGACGAUGGAGAAUACACCUGUACAGCCUCUAACGUGAUAGGCCAUGUCACACACUCGUACACAGUCAAUGUGGAGGCCGCUCCCUAUUGGAGGAAGCAGCCUAAGAGCGCUCGGUACACCCCGGGAGAGACGGUCAGACUGGACUGUCAAGCUGAGGGCAUUCCUAAACCUCACAUUACAUGGAAGAUUAAUGGAGAGCUCCUCUCCGAGACGAUUCCAGAACCGAGACGCAGCGUAGAAGGCGGGACUUUAAUCCUGAAUAAUGUUAAUGUUGCUGACACGGCUGUCUAUCAGUGUGAGGCCUCCAAUAAACACGGCACCGCCCUCCUUAACACCUACAUCCACGUCAUCGAACUGCCCCCUCAGAUUCUGACUACAGACAGUCGAGUGUAUCAGGCGACAGAGGGAUCCACGGUGUAUAUUAGCUGCGACACUUUUGGUUCUCCGCGGCCGAAGGUCACAUGGGAGAAUAAUAAUUUUGGUCCGGUUCUGUCCAACUCGCGGAUGUCUCAGUUGGACAAUGGCACGUUACACAUCAUGGACGUGAGCCACGAGGACACAGGAACGUACCUCUGUUCAGUCAUAGCCACCAAUCUGUCCAUUACUGCACAUCUGGACGUACUGAGCAAGACUCGGAUCGUGACCCCUCGUCAUGACCACCGGACUUUAAGAGGAACUACGUUGGUUUGGCCGUGCAGUUACAAGGUGGACCCUCGACUCCCUCUGCCCCUAAUCCAGUGGAGGAAAGAUGGAAAAAAAAUUCAACCAAUAGCUCCAGAUAACAAAUACAUCAUUCAUGAAAACGGAUCACUGAGGAUCAAUCACAUCCAAGCUGAAGAUGCUGGAAACUACACAUGUGAGAUCAUCACCACCCUGGACUCUGAUGUCAUCACUGGAUCUCUGACUGUGAUUGAUAAGCCUGAAGCUCCUCACUCAGUGAAGCUGGAUCAGAAGGCGAGUCGCAGCGUCACUGUAUCCUGGAGCCCCGGACAUGACAACAACAGCCCUGUGAAAGAGUUUGUGAUUGAGAUGCAAGAAGAUUUGCACCUAGAAGCCUCAAGCUGGAAGGAGGCGAAGCGCGUUCCUGCUGAAAUCCAUCACCUGGAGAUUUCUUUACUUCCUUUCUGCAGUUACCAGUUCCGACUGGCGGCGGUUAAUGAGAUCGGCUGGAGUAAAUUCAGCCAUCCGUCCGAGUCGUACGACACACCUCCUGCAGAACCUGAAGUGGCUCCGGGGAACGUGAGGAGUGAAUCUACUGAUCCAGGCAGCAUGAUCAUCACAUGGGAGGAGCUGGAGCCGAGGCACUUCAACGGGCCAGGUUUCGGGUAUAAAGUGUACUGGCGUGAAGCAGACAACUCUGGUAAUGAUUGGGAGUCUCAGGUUGUUUCUCAUCCUCCGUUUGUAGUCAACGAAACAAAUACCUUCACGCCCUUCGAGAUCAAAGUGCAGGCGGUGAACAAUGUUGGCGAAGGACCAAGUCCUGAAGCUGUCAUCGGCUACUCGGGAGAAGACGUUCCCCUGGAGUCCCCGACUCAUAUUGAGGUGACUCCGGUUAAUGCUACAGCUGUAUCAGUCAGGUGGGAGCCAGUCAACAGGACGUCUGUGCGCGGACAUCUUCUUGGCUACAGGAUCUACCUGAGGAGGUUGGGUUCCAGAAGAGACCAUGUCCACAACAGGAAAGAGAAGCGGGCGCUAGCUACGGUGAGAGAGAUGGUGCAAGCGAUGGAAAGCAAGGAGGAAAGACAAGUGAUCGUCGUGGAAGGAAAAGAGGAGGCGACCGUAAGAGGCCUGGAGUUCUACUCCGAUUAUGAGCUGUCAAUCACAGCAUACAACAGCAAGGGGGAGGGGCCUCCGUCUAGCCCCAGCUACUUCAAGACAUCUGAGGGAGCUCCUGGUCCUGUUUCACACUUGAGAUUUGAGAGUCCUUCAAAUACCGAGCUGACGCUCUUCUGGAAAAAACCUCACAGGACGAACGGGAUCCUGAGAGGAUACGUCUUAAUGUACCAGGAGUUUGUGGAGAACGGUCCCAGCACACUCCAGAAGGUAGAGCUUGAUGAUCCGACUGUGACGCAUUACAACGUGGACAAACUGGAUCCCAAACAUUUCUACAUUUUCUCCCUGAACGCGUUUACCGACGCUGGAAAAGGAGAAUCCGUCCACAUUAACGCCACCACGUUACUCGACGGAGUUCCACCAUCUUCUAUUAACAUGACAGUGGGAGAAACAGCUGUGAAUCUAAGCUGGGUUCCAGGAGAACGACAGCGAAACAUGGGCUUCGCAGUUCGUUACCACAGGGGGAAGAGUGAGCCAGAGAAUGGUGAGUGGGAGGAAUCGGAGCAGGUGAAUUUGACGCAGGGCUUUUAUCAGCUGCAGGGACUGAAUGCAGGAUCGUUCUACUUCCUUGAAAUCCGCCACGAUAACAUCACAUACUGGACACAAGCGCUGCAGACUAAAGGACCAGUGAUAGACGGCGUGCACAACAGCUUCGCCACUCAGGGCUGGUUCAUCGGCCUCAUCAGCGCCGUGGUGCUGCUGCUGCUCCUCCUGCUCAUCCUCUGCUUCGUCAAGAGGAGCAAAGGGGGGAAAUAUUCAGUGAAGGAGAAAGAGGAAGGACAGAUCGACUCGGACGCGAAACCCAUGAAGGAUGAAGCGUUUGGAGAGUACAGAUCCCUUGAGAGCAGUGACAGCGACGAGAAGCGUUCGUUCAGCCAGCGCUCGCUAUGCGCCAACCUGAAGCGCGAGAGCGAGGACAGUCUGGGGGAGUACGGAGACAGCGUGGACAUCCAGUUCAACGAGGACGGCUCGUUUAUCGGGCAGUACAGCGGGCGCAGAGACACACAACCCUACGCGCACGGCGAGCAUGAGAGCUCAGGCGUCCCGUCCCCAACCAAACCCAACCCUCCACCCAGCAACAGCUUCCCCACCUCCAUCACCGGCACCUUCGGGGGGAACUGAGACACGAGAAUCGACUCUGCUGCAUCACAAGAGACACUGAGACAGAGAGAUCAACCUGAACUAAUACUGGCAUUCAUUCAUAAGUACACAAAGAUCAUUUAUUCUCUGGCUAGCAACUUUCAUUUCAUUAAAAAAAAUAAAUAAUAAAUAAUAAUAAAAAAAAAACACAAGGGGACCGAAAAAUAUUCCAUCACUGCCGAUGACGUUAACACUUUUUAAAGCACACGCAUGCUUGUAAAAUUAAACACACACACACACACACACACACACACACACACACAGUACUUCAAAGGCCUGGAUAGACCACUCUUUCAACUCACAACUCUUUUACUAAUGCCCCCCCACCCCCCAGUUUUUACUAUGUUUGCUUUAAUAAAUAUGCAAAUUUGUGUGUUUCUAGGAGAAGAAUAAGGAAACCUUUACCUCAGGAAAUCUGGAACCGUGACUUAACGGUUCAUAAAUCGGACCAAUAGAAAUGAAUGAAAAUGAAGAAAUUCACCAAUCACAUUUCAUGAUGUUUACACUUCUCAAAAAACACAAUAUGUGCUACAAAGUUUGCUUAUACGUGUAGUUAAUUAGCUAACUCAUUCUAGACGAGUAUCGAUUAGGACCCAAAUUCAAUGUGAAUUAAACGUAGGUGAUCGUCUUAACGAUACGAUUGUGCAUAUCGUUCGAAGUAAGGUCAGUGUUUCACCAAGGAAUUACUCCAAGCGUUUAUGCUUAUUAUUGGUGGCUCUUUUAUAUUUUAAAAUAUGCUCCUCCCCUUUGAAGGAGUGGCUACAAGUGUGACGUAGGUGUGCAACAGAAGAAUAAAUGUACAAAAAAAAUUACAAAACGAACCAAACCAAUCACAGAGAACAGGUGUGAAUAUUAAUCAAAGUGGGCGUGGUCAGGGUGUGGCAUGAGCGAGGAAACAAAAGAGGCUUAAAAUGAAUAUGUAAUCAAACCACACAAAAAAGGUAUAUGGUGUGAAAUUUGUGUUAGAUUAGUCUUUCCAGGCCUUCAGGAAAAGACACGACAAAGAUCAAACAUUCCAGAUUAGCUUUUCACAAAGGCUGUCUUUCUUUUCCCCGGUUUACAGCUGAGCAUGACAUCUAUCUCAUCUUAGCCUGUGUGUGCUUUCCAACAUCAUCUUCUGUAACGUUUCCUAUCAAUCCACAUCAUCAAUCCCCUGCAAACAGUCAAGAACGCUCGAAUUCAGAUUACGCAAAAAAUGUGCUGUAAUAGUUUCAUACUAAUAAUCCAUCCCGACUUACACACUACAUCAUGGUUGUAAUGUUAUUUUAAUUCCCAAAAUAGCUGACACGAUCAUUAUAUUAGCAUGCUGAUACAGAGUGUAAUAGUAAAAUCAUACACACACACACACACACACACACACACACACACACACACCUUUAUGUUCUCAUUAGGAACAUAACAAAGAAAAACAUCAUCAUGUUUAUAAAUUUGUCUAAUGAUCCAUCAUUUCCCAGAACUCACGAGUCAGGUACUUAACAGAAACAAGUGGCAAUGAUGUCUUAUAUGUCUUAGGGAUUGUAAAGAAAACUAUCUACAGUAUAUUUACAUUUUGUUUAGUGUCCGUCUUUCGCAAGCAGAGGUGUUUAUUUUGCACUGUACCUUUUUUCUUUUUUUUUUUUGAAAUUUCUUAUAUUUUGUCAUAUUUUUUUCCACAUCAUUUUUUACACAUUUUUUACUUUAUUAAUGGGCAAUUAUUCCUUUAAGAUAAUGGUAAAUCUGCCAUAAUAUAGCAGCAUAUGUAUCUUAAAUCUACACACAUGAACUUUUUUUGUCACAUCAAUCCUUCAUAAGCAGAUUUUAUUAUUUUGCACUAUAUUUUUUAUUAUUAUUAAUUAUUAUUACUAUUAUUAUUUGACAGAAUACUUUUUUGGUCCAUUUUAAUUCGCUAGAAACUGCAUUUUUUUCUUCACAAUUUCCUGUACUUUUAUUUCUUAUUUUAAAAAGGCAGUUGCUCAGUCGUGUUCAUGUUAAUUCCAGCGUUAUACUAAUAAUAAUAAUAAUAAUAAUGACGAUGAUGCUGUCAUACUGUAUCAUAGCAGCAUAUGUAUCUUAUAUGCCUGUAUGUACAGUGUGUACACGUGUAAAUGUCUGACACGUUUAUGAUUCUUCAUAUUUUAUUUUCAACCAUUCAAGAAUCGUGUAUGUGUAUCAUUACCGUUGUAUUGUCAUCCACAGGGUGAGUCGUGUAAUUGUUGCUACUCGCUAUAAGGUUUUAAAAAAACAUCCAUAGCCAAAAUCUGCGCUUUUUUCCCCCAGUACGAAUCAAAACUGAGCUCUGUUAGCCGUAGAUGCUAUGCGCAUGUAUCUCGACGCUGAUAUGGCGAAUCUCUCUCUGUAAGGUUUGUGCCUGUUUUCCCUUUUUAAUGCUGAACUUUUUUUAACAUGAUGCCUUAUGUCUUUUUCUAUUUCUAACUGUCUUUUUAGUAUCUGUCCAUCUGAGGUAACGCCGAGCAUGAGUCACUAAGAUGUAGUUUAGCUAGGCAUGUGCCGAGUUGUGCCGUACAUCGUGAUGCGUUUAGCGGAGACGCUAUUCGUGAGUUUCAUUUGGGAAAAUAAUUGACGUGAAUAACUUAUUUUUUAUUUUUAUUUAACAACUGAGGUGAAGUUAGACAUGUUCAGCAGAUAAAAUAAGAACAAGUCAAGUUUUCUAGCUUACAGCUUUCUAGUGUAUACUAGAUAAGAUGGCUAAACGUGGAUUAGAUGGCUAAACAUGGAUUAGCUAACUGCUAGCUACCGGAAAGAGAUUUUAAACUAAUGUUCAUGAAAAUGUGGACAACAAGUCAGACAGAAGUGUUGCCCCGGCUGAGGAAUUUGUUUACAAUCUUUCCUUUAAGCUUCUUAUAAACAGUCAUAGUUGCCUUUGUUUAUUUCCGGAAAUGAUUUCAGUGGUUAUGUUUAGCUAACUAACAUUAACUAACUAGUUGCUAGUUUGCUAGCUCGACACCAACACUUACUACAAUAUUAUUACGGCUUAUCUAAUAGAGCACGCGUUGUAAGGAACGUUGUGGUACUUUCUAGCUCGUGCUCGUUAACUAAAUUGCUAGUUAUUGAAGCAAAAUUUGAACAGCAACCGUCGUAUUUGUGAGCGUCAAUCACGGCAAGUUAUUUUUUCAUAUUUCAGUUAGAUAAUGUAGCGUAUCCUGACAUAACUUUAUAGUUGGUCAGUUUUGUUAUGUCCAAAUUGAAUUUUGCUAAAGGAUUUGGGCUUAAAAAGCUUAAUUGUUUUUUUGUAUCCAAGUAGAUGAACUUUUGCCCUUUUGCGCUUAUAAAGUCAUUUGUAUUUCUAAGAAAAAGCAAAAAAAAUAAAUAAAUAAAUAAAUAAACACCAACAGUCAAGUUUGUCAAGACAAGUUUGUUUGUUACUUGCCAUAAGAUGCUUUUGUGUUUACAUUUAGCUAUCUAAUCUAGCACAACCUAUCAGCUAGCUAGCUGCAUUUAGCUAAUCCAUUAGGUUACACGGCUUGUUUUAUGCUACAAGAUGAUGUUUGGUUGAAAAUUACAGAGUUGUUUGUAUCUUACAAAAGGACUGAACGAUUGUUAGACAAGAAAAGUGAAGCCGAAUCCCAAAUGAAACUCAGACAUUUGUUAAAAUGCCAUAUCACGAUGAUAUCGCAAACUGUGAUAAUUAGUCAAGUACAUCGGCACAAGCCUAACGACAGUCAGCCGGUUUAUUUUCUUUACUUCUUUUUUUUUUUGCGAAUAUUUAAUGAAUUUUUUUUUUAUUAGAUUCGCAAAGUCACCCAGAAAGAAUCAACAAGACUUUCUGAAUGUAAAUAAACGUUAAGAUUGUCAUUUAGCAUUUUGCUUCCUUUCUCUUUUUUUCCUACAUUUUUUUUUAUAUAUAAACGUGCACCGUUCUUAUUUUGCUAUUUCGCAGGUUUUAUAAUACUUUUAGAUUCUGAGUAGGAAAUGGGAAUGCAAUCUUUUGUUAUUAUGAAUUAAGAAAUUGAUCACGAAGCUUCGCUACUGUUUAUGUACAUUGUAAUAAAGAGUGUAAUGAAGUGAAGAAACUCUUAAUGUAGGGGGCGCUCUCAGGGCUGUUAGUUUACUCCCAUCUUUUUUUUUGUAACAAUCAGCAAAAGCGCUGCAUAAAGUGUUUCCAGCCACCUGUUUAAAUGCUAAUUGUGGAUUUGCGCAUGAAUAAAAAACGAAUUUCAAAAACACGGCUUAA